AUGGGGGCAGCUGAGGAAGCACUCGAACCACAGGAUGCGGCAGCCCUGUGUGCCCACGGCUGGGAAAAACUCAGGGAGGGCAGGCACCUGGAGGCCCUGGCUGAUUUCUGUUCGGCCAUCGAGCUGAACCCCAAAUGCGCGGAGGCGUAUAACAAGCGUGGCAUCGUGCGGCAGAUUCUGGGCCUUGAUUUCGAGGGCGAUUUCGAUAUUGCAGACCAGCUGAGCCAAGACGAUCCAAAGCUCAGAAAACAGCUGCUGGACUUCCGCAAGUGGCAGCCGGCGGGCUGGGAGACGGGACGGAUGGAGGCCGAAGGCGAGAAGCAUGCCAAAGAUGCAGACUUCCUAAUCUCUUUCGCCAGCCCAGACACCCAGCAGAACAACAGGAUCCUGCACCGGCUGAAGAAAAGUGUCCUCUUCAAUGGCAAGAUCAGCCCGGUGAGCUUCUGCACCGACCGCAGCUUGGGCAUGGGCGUGCACAUCGUGCCGGGAGAGGCAUUGCGACGAUUCGAUCCGAAGUACAGCAGUCUCGACGACCCACGACAACCCGGCGACUUCCCCAACUGGUUCAAACACUACCAGCAAGCAGCCAAGGAGACCAGGCAUGGCAUCUUGAUUCUGCAGCUGACAGAGGGCUACUUCAAGUCGGUGUCUCAGGUGAUUCGAGAGUCGAAAGCCUGCCGCUGGGAGUUCGGCUACCUAAGGAAGCCCGAGCUUGUUCACGUCUUCGUUAAUGGCGUGGACGGCCCCCAAAUCGUCCGCUGGGAGGACUUGACGACGGACGCGGCCUUGUGCAGUCGGGCGUUUGGUAUCGGAGGACCCAGUCAGGAAGCCUUGCAGCAGGCAGCCGACGACAUGUUUUCUCAGUCAGCGAAGGCCGAUUUGGCACACGAGAAGGUGGUUGCUGCCGCGGACUUGGUGGAAGAGCAGGAGUACCAGGUGGCUUUUGCUCUGACCCGGAACCAAGAGAAGACGGAAGCCGGAAUCGAGGCGGCUAACAAGCUGGCUACGGUGUACCUGGAUACUGGGCAGGCCCAGCGGGCGGCAGAGCUCGGCACCCGAAUGCUGGAGGUGGUGGAGGAGAUGCAUGGGCCGGAGGAGUUCAUGGUGGGCAAUAUCCUCAACAACCUGGGCAAUGCAUAUGGGAAGCUCGGGGACUACCAGAAGCAGAAGGGGUUUCUGGAGCGCAGCUUGAAGAUCAAUGAGCAGCACUACGGUAAAGAGCACACGCAAGUGGCCAUGACACUUCACAACCUGGGCACUGCAUACGGGGAGCUCGGGGACUACCAGAAGCAGAAGGAGUUUCUGGAGCGCAGCUUGAAGAUCACGGAGCAGCACUACGGUAAAGAGCACCCGGAAGUGGCUGGGACACUUCACAACCUGGGCACUGCAUACGGGGAGCUCGGGGACUACCAGAAGAAGAAGGACUUUCUGGAGCGCAGCCGGAAGAUCAAUGAGCAGCACUACGGUGCAGAGCACCCGGAGGUGGCUAUCACCCUUGGCGACCUGGCCGAUGCAUGCGGGAAUCUCGGGGACUACCAGACGCAGCAGGAGUUUCUGGAGCGCA